AUGACGAGCAUCACUUCAGCAUCCUCCGUCCCUGUUCUCACACAUUCCUUCUCCUCAGUAUCAUCGUCCACAAUCGCAUCUUCUUCUCGCCUUCCAGAGACUCCCAUCAAGAAGGAGACUUCCGAAACUUCUUUGUCUGACCCCAAUUCGAGCAGCAAGAAGCGAAGGAUCUCUGAGUCUAACGACGACCAAGAGGACGACGACGACGAAGAAGAUCUAGGCGAUUCGUCCUUCGCCUCAGCCUCGCCGUCGAAGCCCUCCAACACCGGUGGACGCAGAAAAGCGAGCGACGAGGAACGCAAGGCUCGUCUCGAAGCUCGUCAAGCUCGGAACCGUCUCUCGGCCCAAUACUCGCGAGAGCGUAAGAAGGCCUACGUAGAGCAACUUGAGGGCUCUGUCAACACGCUCAAGGCGGAGAACACCCUGCUCCGCUCCCAGCGUGACCAAGAUCAGCUCAUUCGCCAGUCCUUGGAGGCCAAGCUCAAAGACUCACAGCUCCGCAUCGACACUCUGGAAACUAUCAUCCGCACCGUCGCUCCAUCUCUUUUUCCCUUACUUAUCUUGUCGUCGUCGUCGUCAUCAUCAUCAUCAUCCUCUUCUUCCGCCGUUUCUUCAUCGGCUUUCGCCGCUCCUUCCACAUCAGCGAUUGCCUCCCAGCUUGACGCAGGACUUUCCGCCGAUCUCGCUUCUUCUCUUCUGCAGAACACUGGUCUUACUAACAAGGUGGUUUCUUUGCCCUUGGCAAUUGCAGCGCCGGCAUCGACCGCUUCUUCUUCCCUUUCCCUUGGCACUUUGAGCCAGCAAACCUCGAAUGAAGGCGUUCGCCUCCCUGCAGCGGAUGUCUUCACACAAUUUGAUGGUUCCGCUGGCACCGAAGUCUCUGCCCAGGCAAAGGUUGGAAGCAAUGUCGAUGUCAAUGGCAGCAGCGUUGUCAACCAAGGUUACCCACUCGCCAGUCAGAUCAGUGUCCUCGCACCAGAGCAGCCGUCGACGAUCGCGGCCGGCCCCCGCGUCACUCUGUCUCAGCAUCCCAUCGAAGCGAAGGCAGCCGGUGUUGCCCGUGAAGCUGAGGCUCUCCUCUCCAACUUUAUCGACCUCGACGCCAAGUUCGCCAACAGUGACGCGGCGGCUGCGGCUAAAGAUCAAGGUGCCUCGGCGUCUUCCGCCUCGUCUCAACCUGUAUCUGUGGGCCAGGGCAAUGCAGCAGCAGCAACAGCAGGCGCUUCGCGAUCCGCAAGCGCCUCUGCAGGUGAGCUCGCAAGCCUAGGCUCUGGCAGGGGCGAGAGUGAUUUCAGCGGCAGCAACAGCAACGAGGACAUGCACAGCAAGUUCAACACGAUCAGCUUGCCCAACGAUAUGGAUGGAAAGGAUGUCGACCUCCAACAACGAUUCCAGCUCCUCAACUCGCCUCUCCUUCCUAGCGAGAGGAACGUGUGGGAGCUCGCGACCGAUGCGAUGCUUCAAGACAUUUACGGCAAGACCUCGGAAGACACCUCUGCCGACUACUCGGCUCCGAGUGUGUCAGCCUCUGACGCUUCGACCCACACAGACGCCAGCGCAGGCUCUUCGCCCUUCGACCUUGUCGAUCUCGACAUUGAGAUCGAAGAGCCUCUCCACCUCAACAUUGGUCUAGACGAAAACGAGACCAUGGACGCAUCGAACGGGUACCUGCACACCACCGGUCACGUCGGCAAGGCUGAUGCCUCGCCGAUGGACUGGCCUGGUCUGCUUGCUUCGCUCGUUGCUUGA